UCUUAAUGCAACAUUUAAUAAAGUUGCGCAGUAAAUAAGUUCAGAUACAAAAAUAAUGAUACCAUUAUAUUUUCAACAUUCUUUUACUUUAUGGUUUAUGAUUACUUUAACUUCAUGUGCAAAAUGUCCACCUAUAAUUAAGCAUUCUAUUACUGCACAAUGCAAAUAUGAAAAAAAUGAGUUUCCCUGCAAUAAUUUUGUUGAGCCUGGAACAGUAGCACAAAUAAAAUGUGCUUUCAUGUAUCAAAAAUCAGAAAGCAAUUACACUUUUACCAAUGAGUAUAUGCGUUGCAACCGUGACGGUACUUGGAAUAAAUUUCCGUUUGAAUGUGAACAAAUUUGUGGUACAAUUGGUACAAAGGUUGCAUUCAGUGUAAAUAGUCAAGUAACUGAAGUUCAAAAAGUUCCAUGGCAAGUUGGAAUUUAUAUGUCAGACUCUAAUGGAACGUACCAUCAUAUAUGUGGUGGAACUUUAGUCAAAUCAAAUGUAAUCAUAAGUGCAGCACAUUGCUUUUGGAAUCCUUUAAUAUCAAAAUUAUACAAUGAAUCAAAUUAUAUUAUUGCUGCUGGAAAAUUUUAUCGUGAUUUUUAUGCAAAUAAUGAAACCUUUGGUUUUCAAUUGUCUGAUGUCUCCAACAUAAAAAUACCGUCACAAUUUUCUGGAGCAGAUUAUGAUUAUGUGAGUGACAUAGCCGUUGUGACCUUAAAAAAUCAUAUUUUAUUUAAAAAUCAUAUUAGACCUGCAUGUUUGCCUUGGAAUCUUAAUGAAAAAAAUUUUAUAUUGAACAAUAAACCUGGUGUUGUUGCUGGAUGGGGUGUAACCAACACUGGAUCAUAUAGUCCAGAAUUACGUUCUGUUGAACUAACAGCAGUACAUAGUGAAGAUUGUAAAAGAAAAGUUACGAGAAAUAAUAAAAUUCCAAAUGAUAAAUUUUGUGUGGACACUGACGAAGGGAGAAAUGUUUGUCGUGGUGAUAGCGGCGGUGGCUUUCUAGUACCAAUUAAACAUGACAAUAUAACAUAUUUUUACGUUUGGGGUGUCGUCAGUAAUGGUCUAAUUGAUCCAAGAGCUAAUGAAAUUAUUUGUAAUUCCAAAUUUGUUACGACAUUUACAAAUCUGCAAUUAUAUCAAGGUUUUGUCACACAGUUGAAAAUUUUUCAUAGAGAUGAUGAAUAUAAUAUGGGAUGUUUAGUUCCAAGAAUACCAUUUCUUUAUAUUAAAGACGCUAAUACAGGAUACAAAUUAUUCUCGGACACAUAUGCUCAAAAAAAUACAAAAGUAAGAUACGAAUGCGCAUAUCCAAUAAUAUAUAAGUUUGUUGGUAAUUACACUAAUAAUACGUGUGAAGAAGAUUGGGUAAACCCGCAUCCUAAAUGCUUAAUAACAUGUCCAACAUUAGAGGUAGAAACUACAGUUCCACGUUGUCAUUAUGAAGGAAAACAAGUCGAUUGUGUUCGUCCUUUAGCAGGUACGAUUGCAAAAAUAGAAUGCGCUUUUAUGUACGAAAAACCGCAUUAUCAAUACUUUUAUGAAAACAUACGAUGUAAGAAUGACGGUUUUUGGAAUUAUUCACCAAUUCAAUGUGAACAAAUUUGUGGAACAAUUGACUCGAAACUUGAGACAAACACCACUCAAUCAUUUAAUAAAAAAGUUCCUUGGCAAAUUUCUAUUUAUUUUAAAAGUCAUCAAGAAACAACAUAUGAAUACGUAUGUAGCGGUACAUUAAUUCAUUCUAAAAUAGUUCUUAGUGCAGCUCAAUGCUUUUGGGAUUCUAAGAAUUCAACGUUAUACGAUUUAUCAAGUUAUAUUGUCACUGCAGGAAACUUUUAUCGUGAUUAUUAUGCAAUAAAAACUGAGGAAAUUCAAUCAUCAGCAAUUUCUAAUAUACAUAUUAUUAGCUCGAUUUGGGGCCCAACUAAUAAUUACUCUUCUGAUAUAGCUGUAUUAACAUUACGAAAUCGUAUAAUAUUUGAAAAUCAUAUCCGACCUGCGUGCUUAAUAUGGGAAAAUAAUUAUAAUAUUAAUGAUAAUUUUAGUGUGAUUGCUGAUUGGCAUAUGAAUAGUGUUGGCCUUUACGUUUCAAAAUUAUGUUCUAUUGAUUUAUUAUAUGAAAAUUGUAUUGAAUGCGAUAAAAAACUUGUAAACCGAGAAUAUGAAAAUGAAUAUUGUUCUGGCGAUGAUGGUAGUGCACUAUUGGUUCCCAAAAUUAUUAAUAAUGUAACAUAUUAUUAUCUCUUGGGAAUUCUUAGUAACACGCCACAAAUAAGAGAUACUAAAAUUAAUGGAAAUAAUUUUAAUCGUCACACUAUAACUUUUAACAAUAUUUUAAAUUUUCAAUCAAUUAUGCAAGAAUCUAUUAAAAAUUCUAGCCGAUACGAGUACUAAUUAUGUAAACUACAAU